AUGUCAAUACAUUCAGCCUUGUCGAGAAGGCAUGGCUUGUUGUUUACAUCAUCAUUGAUCAGAAGGUAUUCAUCAUAUCAAGUUAAUGGCCCACUUCUUCAACAUUGUUACACGACAAAGACAACACCAUCAUCCUCAUCAUCAACGUCCUCCUCAGCCUCUAUCAAACCAAAGCUUGAGAAACAACAACAACAACAACAACAACAACAAACAAUCGAAGAAGGAGAAGCAGAGAGAAAAUUGAUGAAUGAUAUGUUGCAACUUCGUAAGAUUGUAAAGAGAAAGAGUAAGAGUGGUCUACCAAUGGAGUUGAUAAAGUCAAGACCAUUGUCAUCGAGGAAGUCACAUGAUUGGUCUCAUUUGCCACUGUCUGGUCUAUCAAUCAAACGGAGAUUGGCUGCAAUCUCUGAUCAACAGUGGCGGCAUUGGAUCAACGAGGAGGAGACCAACGAGAUGAAGCGAAAGGGUGCCAACAAUCAGAACCUGGCAUUCUCAUUUGGCAUGUCAAACGUCGUCAUUGACAGCUCAGCCAAGCAGGACGUCCUAGGACGACAGGCAAUCAAAGAGAGACUUGAGCGUAAGCUCACUGAGGAGUGGAGCAAAGAGGCAAGGGCGAGCAUUGAGCGACGUCUGAAACAGAGCUAUAAAUUGAAGCGAACCGCAAGCAGAGGACUAAAGGCACAGGAGCAAGACACUGCCACUCACCUGGUCCACUCAUCCAAUCAAUCACAACCCUUCCAGAACUUCUUUGACGCGAAACGUGUCGAUGAGUUGUUGGCCAUGGACACUGCAAACCCUGGAUCAAUCACUUUCGAGGAUCGCGUCUACCUUCAUCUCUACUCCAUUCAACUGUUCUCUCACAGCAACCUAUUCAAGCGUGCCUCUGGCAUGCUGUUGGACACUCACACUCAGUACGAGAUCGACGUCACUUGCAAACACGACAUUGAGCGAUUGGCUGACGGCCAGGAUUUCUUGGCAAUCGUUGAUCUGGCCAACAAGCAGCGUACACGCACACGUCCAAUCUAUCAGCAUCUCUUCCGACAUCUCAAGUCCAAGGCCAAACUGUAUCACUUCUUCUCGACACUGGAACGACAAUACGUUGUGGAUAGACUGGAAGCCACUGACUUUGCCAACUUUAUCGAGGCAUUCCUUUCACUGAAUCAAGCCACCAGUGCCGACAUGCUCAUUCAACACAUGUUGGACGUCAACUACGAUAUACCAUAUGAACUAUUCCCAAUCUAUUUGGAGUACUACCGACGUCUGAACCAGCCCGUGGAUGAGUUCCUCGACAAGUUGAACGAGCUUUCUGUGUUCUCUGGUGAACGCGAGGAGCUAUUGGUACAUCAACAAGAGUUUGAAAGAUUGAGAAAGGAGGAUAAUGACGAUGUAGUGUGCAAAGACCAACAACCAAUGACUUCGACAAAGGUGGCACGCGAUCUACCUUUCUUCAAGUCGAUACUCAGCUACUGUUAUCAGCACAGUCAUUUGGACAUGGUGGAUCGCAUUGAGGCCAUCAUGGCAAAGGAGAAGAUAUAUCCUGAUCUAGAGCUGUUCAAUGCCAAGCUCAAGAUGAUGGCAGAGCAGGGCAAGCCACUGGACAAUGAGGUGCUUCAGAGACAUUCGGUCAACAACUCGGUCAAGCCCAAUGGUCACACAUUCCUAGCACUGCUCUACAGUACUUUGGUCAAGAUGGAUGAGUUGGACGAGGCCAACCAAAUGAUCAAGACAAUACCAAGCGAGUGGAAGUUCAAACCAAAUCAAUUCAUUCACUCUUGUUUGAUCUAUGGCUACAGCAAGUUGAAUUAUGGACUGGUAUCAGUUGUACCAAAGGAUGGCACGACAACAACAACACAAUCUGAUGGCAAGACACUAAGAUUGUUACUCCAAGAUAUGAAAAGGUAUAGAGAUCAACGACCAAUGAACCAUGCAAUAGUGGCCUACUCACUGGCCUAUCAUUCACAUUCAUCACAACUGGUCAUCAAAGUGUUGGAUGACUUGGAUACAAAUGAAUUCACUCGAUCAAUAUUGGAUCUCAUUGUUUAUGGUUAUACUGUGAUGAACAAUCGUCGCACCAAGUCAGUGGUUGGUGUCACCAAGCGACCAGCUGUCAUUGAUGUUGACAAUAUGCUACAGGUAUUGGACGAGCUAAAGAAUACUUGUAACACUACUACUGCAUCAUCAUCCUCUUCAUCCUCAAUCUUUUCUUCAUCUUCACGCCAACAACAAAACAGACAAUACUCCUCAUCAUCAUCAUCACAACAACAACAACGCAAACAACAAUAUAACUUUAAUAAUAAUAAUAAGCAAAGACAGCAACAACAACACCAAAGACAAUAUAGAAAUACCAAACAGGAUAGACUAAAGACGUUGGGAAUCUUGAUAUCACCAUCGUUCUUGUUGGCGGGCGCACCAAUCUCUCCAGACUUGUUCUCUCCAGGAAUGGUCCCAAUGCCAGACCUGAUUGAUACUGUCGUAGACAACGACACCUCUUCUUCUUCUUUGGACAACAACCAUCAAGAGGAUACCACAUCCACCACAACCACCACAUCAACCACAUCAACCACAUCAACCACAUCCACAGACACAGACAUCCAGCAGCAGCAGCAGCAGCAGUAUCAAUCACCCGACUUGACUAGCAACCCAGAGAUGUCAUUUGUUGAUGAGGCAAGCAAGGAGCAGGCACUAAAGGCUGCUGCCACAGAGGAGGGUUCGUCGGUGCCAUCCGUCCUCGAGGUCAACACUGACGUCGAGAUGGACACGACCAGCAGCGGCAACGGUAACCUCCACUUUCACUCUGGAAUCUGCGUUAUUCCACAUCCAAACAAGAGACACAAGGGAGGCGAGGAUGCCUACUUUAUCAGUCAGGAUCGACGUGUGCUGGGCGUGGCAGACGGCGUAGGUGGCUGGGGUGACGUCGGCAUCGAUCCAAGCCUCUACUCCAACACUUUGAUGGAUGGUGCUAGGCUGGCCAGCAACCAAGAGACCGAAAGUCGCCACCCAGUCGACAUCAUGGAGAAGGCCUACAUCCACUCGCAGCACGUCAAGGGAAGCAGCACCUGCUGCAUCGUGGUGCUGGACGAAAACAACUUGAUGUCUGCCAAUCUUGGUGACAGUGGCUUCCUCAUCAUCCGUCGUGAGGAGCUGUACUUUAGGACCCGCGAACAACAGCAUGCUUUUAACAUGCCCUACCAACUGGGCAUGCAGUCGAUCGACCGUCCCAUCCACUCGGUGACAUCAUCGUUCGAGGUUGAGGAGGGCGACAUCAUAGUGAUGGGCACGGAUGGCGUGUUUGACAACCUCUUUGACGAGGAGAUCUGCCGUAUCUCCCUCAAGUACCGUGACGACCCCUACAAGAUUGCCUCGAUGAUUGCCAAGCGCGCAUACGAGGUGGCCAAGUCUUCGCACACCUUUACACCCUUCUGCAAGAACGCUGGACUCAACGGCUACGUGUUUAGUGGCGGCAAGUUGGAUGACAUCACAGUGAUUGCCGGUGUCGUCUACAACGGUCCAUUGCAGGAGCUAAAGUCUGACGUCUUUCUGGAUGACAUCUCACUCGAACAAGAAGAAGAGGGUGAGAUUUAA